CUCUCUCUCUCUCUCUCUCCAUAUAAAGAUCACUCUUUUACCGUCUACUGCAAAGGGCUCGCUGACAUCGUUCGCGGAGAAGAAGCGAUGGCAUCGCCGAUGGACCUCCUCCGAUCCACGAUGGACCUCCUCCGAUCCAAACUUUCCCGGGUCCGGAUACCCGAGCCCACCAAUCGCAUCUAUAAACAAGAAUGCUGCGUCUCCUUCGACACCCCGAAGUCUGAAGGUGGAUUGUUCAUUGACAUGAAUACCUUCCUUGCUUUUGGGAAGGAAUUCGUGGGCUGGAACUUUGAGAAGACAGGAAAUCCUGUAUACUUGCAUAUUAAGCAAACUAAAAAAUUGGUUUCUGAAGAUAGGCCGUUGAAGAAACCGACUCUAUUGGCAAUAGGCAUUGAUGGGGGCUUUGACAAUGGUGAACCUGAAUAUGAAGAAGCCUAUAGCAUAGUAAUAUUACCUGAAUAUAUAUCACUGCCAUUUCCUUCAGUGGAAUUGCCAGAGAAGGUAAGGUUGGCUGUCGAUGCCAUUUUGUUGUCUGAAGGUGCUGAGAGGAAAGAGCAAGUUGCUGCUUGGGUAGCAGAUAAGAAGAAAGUUAGUCCAUAUGCCGCAGACUUGCUACAGAUUGACAAUGGUGUUGUUGUUCCUCCUUCUGGUUGGAAAUGUGCCAAGUGUGACAAGACAGAGAAUCUAUGGCUCAAUUUGACUGAUGGAAUGAUUCUGUGUGGACGGAGAAAUUGGGAUGGAACUGGUGGCAACAAUCAUGCUGUUGAACAUUACAAGGAGACUGGCUACCCUCUAGCGGUGAAACUUGGCACUAUAACUGUUGAUCUGGAAGGAGCAGACGUUUUCUCAUAUCCAGAGGAUGAAAGUGUUUUGGACCCACAUUUAGCGCAACAUCUGGCAUUUUUUGGCAUUGAUUUUUCAUCAUUACAAAAGACUGAAAUGACUACUGCCGAAAGGGAACUUGACCAAAACACUAACUUUGAUUGGAACCGAAUUCAAGAAAGUGGACAGGAGGUUGAACCCUUAUUUGGUCCGGGCUACACAGGACUUGUCAACCUUGGUAACAGUUGCUACAUGGCUGCGACCAUGCAAGUUGUAUUCUCAACCCAUUUCUUUUGUACACGGUACUACAUGCAUCAAAGCCUAAAAUUGGCUUUUGAGAGGGCUCCUGCUGAUCCAACUGUUGACUUGAACAUGCAGUUGACAAAGCUUGCUCAUGGUUUGCUGUCUGGUAAAUACUCUGUUCCAGUACCCGAGAAGGAUGAUGAUGCAAAUGUCUCAAAAGGCUCUAAGCAGGAAGGGAUACGGCCUCGUAUGUUCAAGGCUGUUAUUGCUGCCAGCCACCCUGAAUUUUCAACAAUGAGACAGCAGGAUGCUUUGGAAUUUUUCCAACAUUUUCUUGAUCAAGUUGAGCGAGCUCAUGCCGGGAAUCCUGAGGAUCCCUCAAGAAGUUUCAAGUUUGGUAUUGAAGAUCGGAUAUUGUGCCCAUCCGGGAAGGUCACUUUCAGUAGAAGGCUUGACAACAUUCUCUCUCUAAAUAUUCCACUGCAUGAGGCCACAAAUAAAGCGGAAUUAGAAGCAUUCUACAAGCUAAAAGCUGAGAAAGUUUCUGAGGGAAAGGAAGUAUCUAGUGAUGAAAUUGUACGUCCAAGGGUUCCUCUAGAAGCAUGCUUAGCAAACUUUUCAGCUCCAGAGGAGGUCCAGGAUUUCUACAGCUCUGCUUUGAAAUCAAAGACCACAGCUAUUAAGACAGCUGGUCUAACAUCAUUUCCUGACUACCUGGUGCUUCACAUGCGGAAAUUUGUGAUGGAGGAGGGAUGGGUACCGAAGAAGCUUGAUGUGUACAUAGAUGUCCCAGAUGUUAUAAACAUUAGUCACAUGCGGAGCAACGGUCUUCAGCCUGGAGAAGAGCUGCUUCCAGAAGUUGCUGAAGAUGAGGUGGGAUCAAAAAAGCUUGUGGCCAAUGAGGAUAUUGUUACUCAACUUGUAUCAAUGGGAUUCAACUAUCUGCACUGUCAGAAAGCUGCAAUCCGUACUUUAAAUGCUGGAGUAGAGGAGGCUAUGAACUGGUUAUUGACGCAUAUGGAUGAUGCCGAUAUAGACAUCCCAAUUUCUGAAGCAGAUGUGACUCCUCCGACUGCAUCAUUUACAGUAGACCAAUCAAAAGUUGAUACUUUGGUUUCAUUUGGUUUCCCAGAAGAAAUAGCAAGGAAGGCACUCAAAGCAUCAGGUGGUGAUAUUGAAAAAGCAACAGAUUGGAUUUUCAGCAAUCCUGAUGCCUCUGCCUCAUCUGAUGUUAAUGCCACCACAUCAAACUCUACAUCGAGUCCAAGUGAUGCAGGAUUACCUGAUGGAGGAGGGAGAUACAAGCUUAUCGGAUUGGUGAGUCACAUUGGAACAUCCACACAUUGCGGUCACUACGUUGCUCACAUAUUGAAAGAUGGUAGAUGGGUAAUCUUCAAUGAUGAUAAGGUUGGAGCGUCUGUGAGCCCGCCCAAGGAUAUGGGUUACUUGUACUUCUUCGAGAGAUUGAAUAGCUGAAGACAUUUCAGUGACUUAGCAUGAGGGAUAAGAUGUUUAAGGAUGCCUUAAUGUGGAUUUGGGAACAAAGCAGUAUGUGGAGCGGCUCUAAACUCUGCUUCCUUUCUGGGUUUGAGGGGUAAACUCCGCAUCCUCAUUUGGUUCAUAGUUCGUACGGACUACUUCAGCGAGAACCUGCAGCGACAUAUUUAUCAUUUGGUGGCUGGUGCUUCCCUUCUCUUGGGGACAAAAUCAUAUUCAUUACAUGGAUUAGGAUGUAUCAUCGGCGGAAAUUUGAGGCAUGAUGAAUUUUUUGGAUCAUGUGUCUUAAAAUGGGGAUUUAUCUUUUAUGCAGAA